AUGCAGCGCACGGCCGCCAACAACAUGAUGGACCAGCAGGCAGCCAAAGCGGAGCACGUGUCACCCGAGAAGGUGUGGGCGCUGUGGAACGAAGGGAACCUUUUCUCCCUUUCUCUGGUGCAGCUGCAGGGGUUUCUUGCUCGCUCCGGGGUUCGCACUGAUCCUUCGGCCAAGAAGGCAGUGGUUGUGCGGCAGGUGGAAGAGUACCUCCACUCCAAGGACUCUGCGGCCAAGCAUGGGGGUCAGGCGCCGACGCAGCAGCAGCAGCAGCAGGGUGGGUACGGUCGGUGGAACCAAUCCACUGUGAUGCAGCCGGAGACACUUUUGGACCUUGCGCAGGCAGGCUUUUACGAGGGAUCUGCGAACAUGGCUCCCAAGGCCUUUCAGUUGCUUGUUAGCAAUACUGCAGCAGAUGUGGUGGUGUCACGUGUGAAUACCACGGCUUUUCCAGGGUUUCCAGCAAACACAGAAUGCUACACGUUGAGUGCAUCUGAGAAGGAUGUAGCGAUUCGUUCGCGGUACAGCAAAGUACUUCAGUGGUGUUGUUUAAAUAUGAGCAACCUUCAGAUGGACGGAGAAUUGUUUCUCGACUUUGGUAAACUGCUUUUACAGCCAUCCGCCAUGCGGAAGAACCGCUCCAUUGUUUCGUCAUACACGCUCCAGCAACGAAUGCAGUUGAAUCAUCCAUACACGUGGGUCUCCACACUACCAGAGUCUUCUGUCCCCAAGAUAGAGGAGGAAAUACUAAGGCCUGAAGGAUUUACGCCGAUUGGUAAAGGGGCUCAGCUCACAUACAGCGGAACUGUGAAGCGGGCGAAGGAUCAGCUUCACCUUGAAUUGGAUAAUAAGGGAAAGGUAUUAUCGGUAAAUAGCACCUGGGUAAAUGUGCAGACGGCCUGGUGCACGCAUGCUCGUGGACCUGACGUACGUUUGUUGCUUCGUUCACGGCCUCCGCUGCGCCGACAAGAGGUGGAGACGUUUGCCUCGGUGCCCAUCAUUCAGCUCUCCGAGGAUGAUGUCUCGGACGUGCUGCCUUCAGAGCAUGGUCAGUUGGUUUACCUCUCGGAGGAUGAAACGCGUCUCUUCGAAAAGGUGACCGACACAGGCGUGAAGGUCACCGUGAGGGAGGUAAAGCGGCAGCCCCUCAUUGUCCUUCGCGACGAGGAGGAGGAUCCCCGCCUAGAGUAUGGCCUGUCGGUGGCGAUUCCCGCCAAUGCGCGGAAGGCGACGGAUGUGCGGGCUGUAGGACUCGCCGCCUUUGAGUUGGCGUCUCGGCUGGCCGCAACCGUGACAGAAGAUUUUGUGAAGGAGUACGGUUGCGAGGCGAGGCUGUAA